AUGGCUUCAUAUUCGGCCAUCGGUCCUGAGCAGCCGAACGAUACGGACCCCAUGUCUUCAAGCACUGGCUCUCUACGAGGGCGGAGGCGCGGAAGGGGAAAGACUUUAACGGGACAUCACGGCCAGGCAACGUGGAUAUCGAGCGUCAUCAACUUGGUCAAUACCAUCCUCGGCGCUGGCUUGCUUGCGAUGCCCUCGGCGCUCUCGAAAAUGGGCAUAUUCCUGGGAAUCUUCGUUAUUGCGUGGGCUGGCUUGACCGCUGGCUUUGGCCUUUAUCUCCAGACGCGAUGCGCACGAUACAUAGACCGCGGCAAUGUCUCGUUCGCAGCUCUUUCACAGCUCACAUACCCGAACCUGUCUAUUCUCUUUGACGCUGCGAUUGCAGUAAAAUGUUUCGGCGUGGCUGUGAGCUACCUCAUUAUUAUCGGGGACCUGAUGCCCAGAGUAGUCGAGGGAUUUUCGCCCCAGGCUGGGGAGAUAUCAUUCUUGGUAGACAGGCAGUUCUGGAUAACCGUGUUCAUGCUCAUCGUUAUCCCACUUUCGUUUCUUCGGCGCCUGGAUUCGCUCAAAUAUACGAGCGUUAUUGCUCUUUUCUCAAUUGCAUAUCUCGUAAUUCUGGUGGUCGCACACUACAUCAAGGGCGAUACACUGGCUGAACGUGGACGCGUUAGAGUGUUCCAGUGGUCUGGUCCUGUCUCUGCACUCGCUGCCUUCCCCGUAAUAGUAUUUGCAUAUACUUGCCAUCAGAAUAUGUUCUCCAUCCUGAACGAAAUCUCAAACAACUCUCAUUUCCGCACCACAUCCGUGAUUUUUGCCUCCAUCGGUUCCGCCUGCGCCCUGUACAUCUUGACCGGCAUCACGGGCUACCUCUCCUAUGGCGACAACAUCACAGGCAACAUCGUAAACAUGUACCCCGCCGCCGCAGCCUCAACCAUCGGCCGUCUCGCCAUUGUAAUCCUGGUCAUGUUCUCCUACCCGCUCCAGAUUCACCCUUGCCGCGCCAGCAUUGACGCAUGCCUCAAAUGGCGCCCGCGCCGCCGAGCCCAAGGUGAAGACAGCCCCAGCAGACACAACCUGAUCGCGGGUGCCCCUACCCCACGCCACGGGGGCAAGCCCAAGGAGAUGGGCGACCUCCGCUUCGCAAUCAUCUCCACGGUGCUCAUCAUCCUCUCCUUCAUCACCGCCAUGACCGUCUCCUCGCUCGAAAAGGUCCUUGCGUACGUUGGGUCUACUGGGUCUACCACUAUCUCAUUCAUCCUCCCCGGAUUAUUCUACUACAAGAUCUCGGAUCCGGACUCGGCGCACCAUCAGAAAUUGGUUAAGGAUGAAGAUGACGAGGAUCAGUUCGACAGCGCGGAUGCGGAGGGAUACGUAAUGAGCGAUGCGCACAGGAGUAGGAAUUGGAGAAGGGGCCUGCUGAGGCAGUUGAGUCUUGCGCUCGCUAUUUACGGCGCGUGUGUGAUGGUGACCUGCUUGGUGACGAAUACCUUUCUGGUGGCUGCGCACUGA